UUCCAGAACAAAAUUGAAACCUUCUAUGUGUACAAUGAAGCGCUUGAUCUAUUGUUACAACCCAAUUUUCGCCUUUAAUCUCUUCUCUAACAUCAUCGCUUCAUUCUUUUCUUCAAUUUCCCCUAAAUCUCAAACCAUAAUAUUUUCUUCACUCACAAAAUCAAACAUUUUGUUCUUAAAUUCGUCAGAAAAAUCCAUCACUCAUCAAUGUCGCGGCUAUUUUUUAUUUUAUUUUCAUUCGCCUUUGCUUUUGUCUUUUGAAAUACAAAGGCAACAGAAAGAAGAAUCUGAGAGACUACUGUACCAAGAAUGCGGGAAUUGGACAAACGAAGUUCAAAUUUUUCUGCCGGUAUUGUGUUUUAACAAAGUUCUAUGUGAUUGGUGCUGGAGCACAGGAAAAGGCAGUACCAAGCAAAAGGGAAGAAAGAGACUUGUUAUAACGGGUUUUUUUGUUACGUGGGGCACUGUGAAUGUUGCCAAGUCAUUUGAGUACCUUGGCAAUUGGAAAGAGGAGUCUCUUAUUCAGGUACUGUUAUGACCAUUGGUUAAGGGAGACAAUAAAAUUUUCUCUUCCGGAUCAUCUUCAGGAACAGAAACAAUAGUAGAUAUAGAUAUCAAUUAAAUUAUCUUUUAAAUUGAAGAACUUAUGGAUAAACAAUGUAAGUUGCCUCAGGACAGAACUGAAUAAAAAGUAAACAUGAAUGUCAAUAUGUUAUGCUAAGUCAAAAUAAUAAUCUACAAUAGGACUUCUGGGUAGACAAUGUUAGUUGUCUCCAGAUUAUCCAUUCCAUUUUCCAGAAGCACCAUUAUUCUAUUUGUCGCAGUGCACCUCGAUAAAGCAACAUAUAGUUGUCCACGGCUGAAUACAGGAGUUCAUAAAUCGAUCCCAACGUACUUUACAGACUGACCUUGUGAUUUGUUAAUUGUCAUUGCAUAUGCUAGCCGGACAGGAAACUGGCGUCUUGUCAUAUUUAUAUUCAGUUCUGUAACCGAUGGUUGAAACAUUAUUCUUGGCAGUAAUACCUCGUUCCCUGCUUUGUGCCCGGUUAGAAUUUUUGCUUGAAGUACAUGUUUACCACAUUUAGUAACCAACAACCUUGUACCAUUACAAAGACCUUCUGACGGGGCGAGAUUUCUCAUUAGAAUAACUGGACAACCGACUUUGAGUUGUAGCUUGAAUAAAGGAAUUCCAAGUGGACUCAAGUUCUGCAAAAAUUCGCUACUGUAAUUUGGUAUAAUGCCGCUUUCAUCGACAUUCAGUUUGUCUGCAGCUAAAUAUGUGUAUGUCUCACCAUCCAAAAUAUCCAAUGCUUCUUUGUUUAUCUCGUUGACAUCAUCAUUACGUGAUGAUAGAAUGAUUCUUUCAGUUAGCUAUUCAGAAGAUACUUGAUCAUCUGUCCCCAAACAGGGAUAGAGUUUGGAUAUGAGUUCUUUCACAUCUUUGCAUCUAUGCUCCGAAGGAGGGAGUUGAAUCUUUUCUUAUGGAUUUGUCCCAACCUAUCACGUAAGUAAAUUAUCCAUUUUAAUAUCUACGGUUAUUAUUGUUUCUCAAAAAUAUCAAUAUCACAGUAUCAUAGAA